AGCCCCAGGGGCCGCGUCUUCCCGCAGCUAAAAUGGCUCCGUGCGCUUCACACAGCCCUUCCCCGACAUGGCGGCCGCGGUGGGAGGGGCUCUGCCCGGGACAGACUCCCCCACCGGCAGCGGAGAGGAGGGCGUAAGGGUGGUCGUGGGAAAGGGGGAAAGGAAUGAGAUCCGGAGGAACAGAACCCCCUCUCCUCUGUCUCCCCAAACCAGCUGAGCGGGGCAGCGGUGAGCUGGGAUUGACAAACCAUGAAGGAAGGAGGAGAGGAUCCUGAAGUAGUGACAGACUGCUUGCUCCCAGACUCUGUUCAAAGGGACUGCUUAGGCAUCAGUGCUGUUCCCAGUGGGACGACGGAAGGAAAAGAGAGGUCACUAAGUUCUCACUUGGAAGAGAGCAGCAGCGUGUUGGACCUACCCUCUGCCUGUGACCUCGCAGAGCGCUUUCUGCCUCCACACAGCUCUGAGAACAUCAGCGAGGAACUCUUUUGUUCUGUGGAUACUUUUCCCUCUCCACCCACAGGUGUCAGCACAGUUCCAGUGGAAAAAGAUGACAUUGAAGAAAUGGUAACACGGUGCAUAGUGGAAGUUCUGUCCAAUGCUCUAUCUAAGCCAAACGCGCCACCAAUUAAUCCUGAAUGCAAAGAAAUUCUGAAGAAGAGUGGUAGAAAUGACAGAAGUGAAAACAAACAGCCUGAAGUGAGGCGUUUGAAAGACCCAGCAGAGAUGGAAAAACAUCAUACUGGAAGUGUAGAGAAAGAACAGGGUCAGACAGAAGAGGUAUCUAAACAGUACACAAAGGGAAGUGCUGAGGAGAAACUUGCUCAUGAGGAAGGUAAAAGCAAGGAAGAGGAGGAUGGACACCACACACCCAUUCAGGAAGAGAGACUUCAUACAGAAGAAAAGAAAAGCUAUGAAGAAAUUGGAGGUGAGGAGGAAAAGAGUUACCAGAGUGAAGAGGAAAGCAAAGAGAGGAAGCUCCAUGAUGAAGAGGCAGAGCAUGCUUUUCUCUACAGGAAGCCCCACUCUGGAGGCACCAGCACAGAGGAGUUCCCUGGUGGGAAUGAUUUGCACCCUGUGGGCCGCUGGCACUUGGAGGAGGGCGUGCAGAGCCCUUACAAAAGAAUUAAUGAAGGUGAAGCAGGAGAGGAAGAAAGAAGUGAAGAAUACCACCAGAAGUCUAAGGAGCGCGGUCAGCAAGAGCAUGAAGAAUCUGAUGAGAUGAAAGAAACAGAAGAGGAAAAGCAACCAUACAAACUCAAACAUUAUCAUGGGAAGCACAGCAUGGGUGACUCCUCUGACGAGAAGAGAGGCUACGGUGGUGAGAAGGAGGAACCAGCUGAGGAAUCAAAUACAGAGGACACCAGUCUCUGGGAUAAAAGGAAUUUCCGUCAGAAACAUCGCGAAGAGUCUGAGCAGCAGCGUGAGGAGAAGAGUGGUUACCAUGGGAGGCAUGGGUCUGAAGAGGUGGCGGAGAAGCAGCAUGCAGACCAGGGAAGUGAGGAGUACAGAGAAAGAUGGCAGCAGAGCGAAGAGAGCAGUGAAGAAGACAGGAGGCAUCGCUACAGUGCAGAAAGUGGUGAGAAGUGGUUCAAGGACAGGAGGCACCGUGAUGGAUCACAUGAGGUAGGGAGGCACCGUUCUGAGGGAAGGACGUAUCUUGGAGAUGAAAGCAAGGAAGAGCUGGACGGGUAUCUUGGGAGCAGCAGCCAGGGCAAGCAGCAUCGUGCGGGAGGGAGAUCACGGCUGUGGGACAAUGAAGAUGAAGGGUCACAGAAAGUGUAUGCUCGAGAGCGCAAAGGGGAGGCCAGGAGAAACUACUACAGCUCUGAGGAGAGCGUAGAGCAGCAGCAACGCUACCCUGGCAAGAGUGAGGAGGAGGACGAGGAGGAGGAAGUAGAAAAAAAGCUUCGCAGCAGUGAUCAGAUGGAAAAUGAAGAGGAGAAUAUGGAGGAGGGGAGAUAUGCAGAGAGGGAAGAGUACAGAAGCAGUCUCCCAGCAGAGAAGAGAACCAUAGCAUCCUACAGCUCUUUCUAUCCACUGCUGUGGUGGAAAAGCCAGCGCUUUGAGAAAAGGAACGGUGCAGGAGAGCAGCUUCUGAAGGGGAAAGAGGAAGGCAGGCACACCCUGAAAGAGAAGAGUCUUUUCCCUGAAUAUGAUGACUAUGACCGGUGGGAGAAAAAGCAAUUCCUAAGUGCUCUGAACCCCAGACGCACCGAGAAGAAUAAUCUUGGCAAAAUGAAGAGAUAUGAUAUGAAAAGGCAGUACAAGAUUGAUCAACUUGCACAGCUUCUGAAUUACAGGAAGAAAUCAGAUGAAUUCCCAGAGCUAUACAAUUCUGGAGAAGACUUGAAAAAACACCACCUGAUCAGGAAUGACAGAGGAAGUCUGAGACAGAGACCCCUGACUGAAGAGGAGGAAAAAGAACUGGAAAACCUGGCUGCUAUGGAUUUGGAGCUGCAGAAAAUAGCUGAGAAGUUUAAUGACAACAGGAGAGGCUGAAUAUGAUCUGCUCUGGUCUUCAGUAGCUAUAGUAGCUGUACUCACAAUACCUGUAUUUUGUGGUAAAUUCACUGCCACUUGGAUUGUUGUUUGCCCUAAAACCAGGAAAUACUAUUUACUGUCCACUAUAGUGUAGUGAUUUAUACAGCUGAAAAUGUCUUUAAUUUGCUAUUAUGCUAUUGAGAUAUGAAUAGCAUGAAUUUUAGUAUUAUAACUUUUCAUGCAAGGCAGAUAUUUUUAAUAUGUGUGUGAAAAUAACUGUGUUAGUGUUCUUCAGAAAUAUAUUCGUCUGAGUUUGAAGUAAUAAAAAACACUGAUCUUCGACC